UUCCGUAACAUUAAUCACGUGUUAAUAAAAGUCCAAACUUCCGGUUUUUGUGUUGCUCUACUUUUUUCUGAAGUAAAUAAGAAGAAACGCGUUUUGAAAGAAGAGAUGAGUAUACAGUACCAGAGACAAUAUGAUGAUGAGAUAACUACAGAUGAUGAUCCAAAUUACAGACAUGAUCUAUCCACCACUCCUCAAGCUUUACCAAAAGUUAUUGGUAUAUUCCAGGUUAUCAGUGGUCUCAUUACAGCAUUUCUAGGUACCAUGGAAGUGUUUAUUAUUCCUUUAACAUCAGGAGAAAAUGAUUUUAUCACACUAGACAAACAGAAUUGUUUUGGUGCUGGAAUACUUGCAGGAACUUUGAUGGUGUUAACAGGUAGUACAGCUAUAAGGGCUACGAUCAGUAAUAGAGAAACAACAAUGGCACGGUUUUAUAAUUUGACAAUAAUAACAUUUCUGUUAUAUAUGUGUGUAACAAUAUUGUUAAUAGUAGGGUAUGGUAUUGGCUGGACAACGCCUGAUAAAUAUCCUCCGAAGAGUCAUGUACGAGAAUUACAUAUAUAUGUCACAGUCAGUACCAUGUUUGGGUUAUUAUUUGCCAUGACGGCUCUUGUAAAAUAUUUUAACAUUGUAUUUGGCAAAAGAGUAAGGUUAGCACAGAGAUGGCUGGCAUGUUGUUGUUGUUGUCCGAAAAAUAAAAAUCCAGAUGUUAUUCAACAGACGAGACAAACAACAGAUGCGAACUACUUAAUGUAGAAAGGAAGAGAGAUUGAAGAGUUUCCAGAACUUUUAUCCAGAGAAUAUUUCUCCUUUUUUGAACAUGGAAUCCGAAUGAUUAUUAUAUAUGAUACUGCUGUUGAGACAGUGCUUGGGGAUAAAAAAAAACUCACAGUGUAUGACAGGUUUGACACAGUAGUGCAAACAAAAACAAAGUUGGAACUAAUGUCGUUGCUGUGAGAAACCCCCUCAUGGUUAUGUCAUAUGGGGGAGAAUUACCUCGCAUGUGGCGUGGCAUCAGUGAAUAUACAUCAUGCUGCACAUACUACUGAAAUUACUCCAGUCUUGAGUUUGAGCUGUUUACUUCGAACUAUGAACUAUGCCCCUCGUACACAAAUAUUGUAAAUAUAUGGUAUAUCAAGGUUCUGAACCCUCUAGAGGCAACAAUUUUCAUCUGGUUUAGAUGAAACUUGAAAUACAGGUUUAUAACCCAAAGAUCUUGGGUUUUUUUGAUAUUCGCUCAUAUCAUAUUGUAACUUCCUGGAUUUUGGCCCCAGAUUGUUAAAAAAAAUCGCAUUUUUAGCUUGUGGACCUGCUAGACGUGACAAUUUGUAUACAGUUUCAAAAAACUUUAAAAUAUAUCACCGUUACACAUCAAUGAAGGUUUAGUUCAAAUUUUGUCAAAAUCUGACCGAAACUGCAGGACAAAAUGGCCGCACCUUGUACGCAAAUAGUGUAAAAGUAUGAAUACCAAGGUUGUGGACACUCUAGAGGUCAAAUUUUUUAUCAAAUUUUGAUGAAAUUUGAAAUGUAUGAUUAUAAUCCAAAGGUCUUGGUUCCUUUCGAUAUUUGCAUAUUUCAAACUAUAACAUCCUGGAUUAUGACCCCUGAUCAUAUGCAAAAUCGCUUUUUUUUUUUAAUUUGUUCUCUAUCCAUCUCUUGUAAAAUGUAAGAGAUUUUAAAAUGUAUAUUGUUGAGUAGUAUCUUGCCAUGAGUAUGAUAUAAAUGCCAUUAUACAAGUAAAUCAUUAAAAUUUGAUAAUUUCUACCAUGAGCUCCCCUUGACUUAUUCUUUGUCAAAUGUAUUUAUAAUCCAAUGCUCAUUUUCUGUGGGGGGGUUGGAUAGCCGAAUGGUUAGCACGCGCGCGCUGUAUCAUACGGCCUGUCAUUUAGUCAACUGGCGUGGUUUCGAAUCCCCGGUUGUACGUGACAAGGAGUAGGGUCGCCUGUCCAACCUCGUGGGUUUUCUCCGGGUCCUCCGGUUUCCUCCCACUGCUAAAGACCCCUACGCGCAAGCGAAUUAUUGAAAUAAAAUUAAACCAUAUGUUAGUCCCGAAAUGACCUAGUUUGUGUCGAGUGGACGUUAAACCCCAUUUCUCUCUCUCUCUCAUUUUCUGUGUAUGUUUGUAGCCUGGCAACCCUGCUGGUAUUUUUCUUGUAGUCGGUGGUAAUAUAAAUUUACAUUAAGUUUUUCAUUUCUUACCUAUAGAGAUUACUUCAAUCACACUUUUAUACUAUGUAUGUUAACUUUAUAGCUUUAAGAAAAAAUUGAAAUUUGUUAAAAUGAUUGAUUAAAAUGUUUCUAGAUUUUUGUAUGUACUAACAAUGAUAAAUCAUAUAAUUUAGCCUACAAGAUUUAUAAUAUAUGAUAUGAUGGGUAUAAGUAAUUUGCACAGAAAAUGUAGACGAAGCAGGAGAGAUGUAUAACAUAACUUGAUUUCAUGUAUAUCCCUAAAUCGUUAUUUAAUAAAAAUUUGUUAGUUAAAAAAACAAUUUUAUUCUUGGCCGAUAUUUUUUUAUUGCAAAAAGGUGUCCAAUUUCUAGAAAAAGGAUAACUUUUUUUGUUUACUUUUGUGGUAUAGUUUACUAAAAAAAAAACUAUGUCUAUAACCCACUCCCAGAAAAUAAUCUCACACCUGUGGAUAAACUUCUUAAUCCUAUCCACUGUGAUUUAUUGUUAUAAAGGACACAAAUAGAAGUCUUGUCGCUUAUUGGCCCAGUUUAUGUAAAUAUGGCGCCUGACAUAACCCCUUCUUAGUGGAAAUUAUUUCAAAUCCAGGCAAAAUAAAGACUGAGAGAUUACUUGAGACAUCACCAAAAUAAAUUAAUAACUGUUUAUUGCACAUUUGUUUGAUGAUUACUAUAAUUCUCACCUUGAUAAUCCUCUUUAUUUAUUUUUAUAUUGUUUUGUAAAUAUAUAUAUUAUGUUUGAAUUGUUAUUAUUGUAUAUACGAAGAUUUGAAAUUAAAAAUAUAGAAAACUGAUAAUAAAAGUUUGUUACUGUGAA